ACCAUGAGGCGCUUGAGUCGACGGCUGGCUUUGUCUGUCUUGGGGAUUCUGUGGAUCGCGGCUCUCCUCCUCUUCUUCGGGACCAGGAAGAAGUUGGAAGUGGUGGGACCCGAGGGGCACACCCCCAAGCAGGGCUCUGAUAUUGAUUGGGAUGACCUCUGGGAUCAGUUUGAAGAAAGAAAGUACCUGAGUGCCCGGAAAUGGAAGGGUGGAGAGGAUCCAUAUCGGCUGUAUGCUUUCAACCAAAGGGAAAGUGAGAGGAUUCCCAGUGAUCGUGCCAUUCGUGACACUAGACACCACAGAUGCACUACUUUGCACUAUCGUAAAGAUCUGCCACCAACUAGCAUCAUUAUCACCUUUCAUAAUGAAGCCAGGUCAACACUACUAAGAACCAUAAGAAGUGUUCUGAACCGAACCCCUGUGCAUCUGGUCCAUGAAAUCAUUUUGGUGGAUGACUUCAGUGAUGAUCCUGAUGAUUGCCGUUUGCUGGUCAAGCUACCUAAAGUGAAAUGUUUACGCAACAGGCAGAGAGAAGGUUUGAUCCGGUCCCGCAUUCGAGGAGCAGACAUGGCACAGGCAGGAGUUCUGACUUUCUUAGACAGUCAUUGUGAGGUGAACAAGGACUGGCUGCUGCCUCUUUUGCAGAGGAUCAAAGAGGAUCCAGUCCAUGUGGUGAGUCCUGUUAUUGACAUCAUCAACUUGGAUACUUUUGCUUAUGUGGCAGCUUCUUCAGACCUGAGAGGUGGAUUUGAUUGGAGCUUACAUUUUAAAUGGGAACAGCUUUCUCCAGAGCAGAAGGCAAAGCGCACUGACCCUACAGAGCCCAUCAAGACUCCUAUCAUUGCAGGGGGACUUUUUGUGAUUGAUAAGGCCUGGUUCAACCAUCUUGGGAAAUAUGACCCUGCCAUGGAUAUCUGGGGUGGAGAGAACUUUGAAAUUUCAUUCCGGGUGUGGAUGUGCGGAGGAAGCUUGGAAAUCAUCCCCUGUAGUCGGGUCGGGCACGUCUUCCGAAAGAAGCAUCCCUACACCUUCCCUGAGGGAAAUGCUAACACCUAUAUAAAAAACACCAAGCGCACAGCUGAAGUGUGGAUGGAUGAGUAUAAGCAGUACUAUUAUGCUGCCCGGCCUGCGGCUCAAGGGAGGCCAUAUGGAGACAUCCAGAGCAGAGUAGAGCUGAGAAAGGCCUUGAAAUGUCAUUCCUUCAAGUGGUAUUUGGAAAAUGUUUAUCCAGAACUUAGAAUCCCUGAGGAAUCACUCUACCAGUCUGGGAUAAUACGACAAAGACAGAGAUGCCUGGAAGCCCAGAAGUCUGAGGGACAGCAGUUCCCAGUUGUAAUCUUGAAUCCCUGCAUUAUCAGCAAGACCACAGCUGCAGUGGCACAGGAAUGGAUAUAUACUUACAACCAGCAAGUCCGUCACAGUCAGCUAUGCUUGUCCGUACAAACUCUCUUUCCAGGUUCCCAGGUGGUGCUCUUACCUUGUAAAGAAGGGGAUGGAAAGCAGCGAUGGAGUAAAGUCAGUUCUCACAUUGAGCACAUGGCUACACGUUACUGCCUGGACACUGAAAUGGUGGGGGACACCAAUGAGAACAUGAGAGAAGUUGUAAUUAACCCUUGUGAGAGCACAGCCAUGAGUCAACGGUGGGAGAUGGUGAUGUCGUGACCAUGCCUGCCAAGAUGAUGGUGAAUUGAGCCAAACAGGAGUUUUGUGAAGAACAGCCAAAGCUGUUGUACAAGCUUUGGGGGUGGGGUAGAGCUUGCCUUAUAAUAGGGCACAAGCCAAAGAAUAAGGACACGCAGCUGUGCCUAGGUUAAAUAAAGCACGUAAGUGCUGGCUCUGAGAGCCAUGGCAGUAAUUGGGUCCAGUGGGGCUGUACACCCAUAUGGUUAAGAACAACACAAUCUGAACAUUUCCUUCAAUAACAUCCCUCAUCUGUGGUUGAAGCAGGAAAGGCUUCUCAUUUUUGAGAAGGGAAAACUGCUGAAAUCAGUAAAUGCGGUAUUUAUUUUUGUCAUUGCAAAGGUGGUGGGACAGCCUUGGUUAAUAAUUGGGAGGUGGGUGGGAAGGAGAGUUUAUCUAGUUGUUAUAGGAGCACAGAAAUGAACAUGUUGGGAAUUAGCUGAAAAGGCCAACUAAUCUUGCACUUUUGAUUGAUGUAACUGAGCACAUCUCUGGAAGAGUGUCAGAUCUAAGCUAUAUUGCACAUUAUGAUUUGUUUGUGAUCGAUGUACUUGUGUGCUAGAUACUGUUUAUGUCUGGCAGGAGAGUAAGAAAAUAAGAAUGCAUAUGUUGCAGUCUGAGAGAUGUGGUCAGAAUCUAUACACAUGGAGAAGGUAAUAUUUACACCAUGCUCUCAGCUGCAUGAACCUUUCUCCUAAAUUUUGGGCAAUCUUGGGAAAGAAACCAUCAGUGUCCUCUCCUAAAAUGCACUCUUUCUUUGCACAGAGCCCCAAGCCUAGUGUGAAACUAGGUCAUUAUCAUACUCUCCCUGCAUUGAAAGUUGACAUGCUGAGCACUCUGGGAAAUGUGGUUUAUUUGCUUUAUACAAAGCACCCAGGAAUAUUGAAAACAGAGACAUUGCUUCUAAUCAUCCCAGGUACUCUGUGCAGUAAAAAAUUAUACUGCUCAGUAGUCUUCUUGACAGCUUCUAAGCUUUGGCAAGUAGCCUAUCAUUGCCAGGUGGCAGUACUGGCUAUGGUACUGUAGAGCUGUUGAAGUCUCCAUCACACAACUGUACUGCUAAGACUAAGCACUUGAGAUGACCAUGGUUGGGUACCAGCAAAAGCUGUUCACACUUGGAAGCAGCAUUAUAAAGCUAUCAUUCCCUGUGGAGAUAAGACAUUUGUUUUCUCUAUGCCAUGGAGGUCUCUGAUCAAGCAGGUUUCACAGUUUCAUAAAGCACUACAAAAAAUGAAAGUCUUGUACCUUGGAGCAAUCAGUAGUGGUACAGAAUGGUACAGGGAUGGGUAGAACUGAAACACGAGCCUAAAUUUGCAAUGAAAAUUGCCUAGUCUGUUAGCCGAGAUCUGCACAGUCUUUCCUGCAAUGAACCUUCCAUGAUCCUCCGUAUGAUUUUUGGAGAUUUGGGUGGUUUGUGGUGGUGGAUGUUGGUGGCAUCCACAGCAAACACUCUAGUGCAGAUCAGUUACAAUUGUCAAAGCAACAGGACUUCUGCAGUCUUGGAAACACCAAUAGUGGCUCUCCAAAGCUUGAUGGGUGGCGCUGGCCACCAAUAAGUGAGCUUCCAUUAUAUUUCCAGCUCAUACACAGCUGUUCUUUUCCAUCAGCAACUGGCACACCAUGUGGCAGUUAAAGAGAGGGAAGGGAAUUGUAAUUCAUUCCUCAGUGUGGACCAUAAUGUUGUGGAUAUUUGGUGCUUUCUCGGGUCUUUGAGGCACCUGCCUUCUGCUCACACUGAGCAGAGGGACUUAGCUUCAUUGGUUCCUUGGAUGAGGACCCUCCCAUUGAACUUUGUGAUUAGCACUUUCCUGGGGGCACUUGCUUGGGGGGCUGUAACUUGGCCCCUCUAAAUGCUGCCUUCACCAGUCUCAGAGGGCAGGUAGAAGAGAGUCAGCUGGAGACUUGCUGUGAGUUUGGUAUCUCUAGCCUGCAGGACAGCUGUUCUACCACAUCACAAACCUCAUGAAAUGAACUGGUUCAAUAAACAGGAAGGUUCAUGAAGGUUCAUGCUUUGUGUAGCCCCUAAACUGAAAUGAAUCUUGAUUUUCCUGGUUUAUGCCCAUCUCUAGUACAGAAUUCUGGAAUUACUUCAUCUGUCUUAAAGAUUUGAAUAGUCUGGAAUACAUGACCAUGUUAAUACUGGUCUUCAAAUUACAAAUCAGCCCAAUGCUGGACAUGUGGGAAAGCAAUCCAAUAGUCACUGAUGAAUUACAAACCAGACUUGUUGAGUACAGUCAUCACUAUAGUCUUGAUUCUGUUCGAGUCUUGAUUCUGUUUGAGAGGGCUGAUAACACUGUUGCUUUUUGUGUCUGAGAGGGUCAUGGAUGAGCUUGAAAUCUCUGGGUGAUCCUCUAUAACUGUAAUGUGUCUCACUGUUUUAAGACAUUGGAAUAGGGGAAAUUUUCACAUACAUCAUAAAACAAUAUUUUGCUACCUGAA